GUGUCUAAUGGACAUCAAUGGUUGUUUUCCCUACUAUUUGGAACCAUUGAUGAUCUCUAUAAUAAUACCUUGAAGUUAUUGGCUUAUUAGUAACGCUAGGUCGGCACUUUGACUCAUCUGUUUUCGAUCAAGAUGGCACCAUCUCCUAAGAAGAAGUGCGGUGUCCUCGGUGCCACAGGCUCUGUGGGCCAGAGGUUUAUCCUCUUGCUCGCCGAUCACCCUUUUCUAGAGCUUCAUGCCGUCGGUGCAUCGGAGCGCUCAGCCGGCAAGGCCUACAAGGACGCCGUAAGAUGGAAGCAGACUACGGCUAUGUCUGAGAAGCUCAGCAACCUUGUUCUCCGGGAUUGCAAAGCCUCUCAAUUCGCCGACUGUGAUCUUGUGUUCUCUGGUUUGAACAGCGAUAUCGCGGGUGAAGUUGAAAUGGAGUUCAUCAAGGCCGAGAUCCCCGUAUUUUCAAACGCAAAGAACUAUCGCAAGCACCCCUUGGUUCCCCUCGUUGUGCCAACAGUCAACCCUCAUCACUUUGAUUUGAUCCCUCACCAAAGGAAAGAAUUCGGUUUGAAGAAGGGUUUCCUUGUGUGCAACUCCAACUGCGCGGUCAUUGGUAUCGUCAUCCCCUUCGCGGCUCUCCAGGCCAAGUUUGGCCCUGUUGAAGAGGUCGAAGUCUUUACUGAGCAGGCCUUGUCGGGUGCUGGCUACCCCGGUGUGCCCAGCAUGGACAUCCUGGAUAACGUUAUCCCUUUCAUUAGCGGUGAAGAAGACAAGCUCGAGAACGAGGCUCAGAAGAUCUUGGGUUCUCUGAAUGCAGAUGCUACCGCCUUCGAGGAGCAGGCAGGGCUUCGAGUUGGAGCCACUUGCACUCGGGUCCACGUUACCGACGGUCAUAUGGCGUUUGUUUCGCUGAGAUUCAAGAACCGCCCAGCGCCCAGCGCCGAACAGGUCGUGCAGGCGCUGAGGGAAUACCAGUCCGAAGCGCAGAAACUGGGGGCUCCUUCUGCCCCUAAGGAGGCGAUUAGGGUAUUCGACGAGGCGGACAGGCCGCAACCAAGACUCGACAGAGACAUCUGCGGCGGAUACACUGUUAGCGUGGGUCGGGUGCGUGAAGGCGCCCAGGGAGGCUACUUUGACCUCCGCUUUGCUGCUCUCUCUCACAACACGGUCAUUGGAGCCGCUGGAUCCUCGAUCAUCAAUGCUGAGAUUGCAGUCCUGAAGGGAUACAUCUGAAAUUAACAAAACGAGUUUAGAUUAGAGUACAUAGGUAAUUAGAAGGCGUUCGAUACCA